AUGUCCGGGCGCCGGGGGACGGUGAGAAGUGCUGAAGAGUGGCGGGAUGCUUUCUACAACCUUGACGAACGGCAUCGGCAGCUGCAGCGUAAACUGAAUGAGCAAGAACGAGAGAUGAAGUUGUUGAAGGUAUCGCAAAGACGAAGGUCGGCUCCCGCUGCGGCGGCUUUGCCAGGUGACGCGAACCGCAGCACGCCUGCCGUGGCACAAGCGCAGUCUGGUGGCGUGAGAGAGGUUCCUAGUGGAGUCAAAUCUAGGCUAGAGGACCCUGUGGGACUGUCAACAGAGAAUUCGCGCGGGCGGAACCCGGAGCGUAGUGUCCAGUUUGUUGGAGUGCCGUCGGCUGCGAGAAGGGAAGAUGCGGCAGCGGCUGCGGCUGAGAUCGCCAAUAUUUACUCGGGUGCCCCACCCCCUGAUCCUUCCAUGGUGUGGGGAAUGGAGAACAGCAUACAGAAUUACGUGACUGCUAACGCUCUCUACCACGCGAAUGAGGAAAUGCGGCAGCGGCUAGAAGAUUGCGUUGCGGUUGUUAAGUCGCUUCAGCACGAACUGGCGGCGAGCCGUGUGCUAUCGAAAAACACCCAGUCACGUUUAGAUGAGGCGACGCAGCAGAUACAGCAGCUCGUACGCGAGCGAGACAUAGCGUGUCAAAAGCUCAGUGUCGCUCAGAACGCGACAGCUGAGCUUGAACGGCAACAAAAGCAAACGUCAGUAGAGGAGGAGCGAAUCCGCUUCUCCCUUGAGAGUCAAGUUACCGAACUGCGCAACCGUUUGGUGGUUGGUGCCGAUAGCAACGAACUUCUCAGCCGAGACGUGCGCACGCUAUUAGCGGAGGUGCAGGAGAAAACAACGACGAUUCAGGGACUGCGGUCGAAAUUGUCUCUUGCUGAGACCGCACUCGCUUCACAGCGUCAUACGAAUGAGAAUCUCCUUGCAGAGUUUCGCAGCCUCAACAGCCAGCUUGUGGAGGAACGGAAGCGGUUGCUCGCCAUGACGCAGGAGGUACACCUAGCGAACAUGCGUGCCGGCGAUAUCAGGGACGCAGAGGCACGGCUUGCCGCUGUUGUAAACGAUAGAACCGCUCUCGAGCGUGAGCACGCGAGGCUUAUGGAAAGCCUUGUAACUGUCACAGAAGGUGCGCUUGCUAUGGCGCGUGCGGAAGUGAAACAGGAUUUAGAUGAGUUUCGUGGCAGCGCCGCGCACUGGGAAGAAGUCGCUCAGUUACUGUACAAGGAUAUUGCGCAGCGUACACAAGCACAUAUCCACUGCAGGGAGGAGUGCGAAGAAGCGAAGCGUGCAAGGGAUGAGGCCGCAGUGGCGUUGCGCGUUGCCAAUGAUGAACUGCGGUCUCAUCGCCUCAAACUGGACAUUGUGUGGCCAACACACCGGGCUGAUACUGACGGUUUGACCCACGAGCAGAUGCUUUCAAUUUUUGGAAGGUACAAUGUUGGUGCUAGAAGGGGAAGUCAGAUGCAACAACAACAGCAAUCGGAGCAACAUCGACUCUCUCCUGCAGAGCCGACCCUCCCUGAUGGGAAACCCCAACUCUAUGACGAUAACGUAGCUCUUUAUGGAAGGGACUUCGUGACUGCACUGCAGGGUGCCCCGCUGGAUGAACAGGUACGUGAGCUUCAAGAAGCAAACAGCGCACUGGUGGCGGAACUUCAACGCCUUCAGGUGACAAACGAACUUCAGAAAGAGCGCCUGCGUUCGUUGGAGAGUCAAUUGCAGCGUAGGCAAGAGGCGGUGGAGACUGCAACUGCGGAACUCAAAGAACGUGAAAUGGCAGGACAAACCUUUCUGCAGUCCCAACUCGAUCGUGUCUCGUUCUUGGAGGCGCAGGUUCGUUCACUACGUGGCUAUAGCAUAUCACCCACGAAGUCAUUGUGUGAGGUUGAGGGGAACGAAACGGUGUUUGAGCUCUUCGUGGGUCAAAUUUUGUCGACAGAGACCCCUGCUGGCGUUGAGUUGCGUAACACGUUCCCCCCGGUAUUCUGUUCUAUAGAUUUCCUGUUGCACGAAACCGUGACCACACCCGUUGUUGCCGGUCUCAACGCUUUUCUCGAUACAAGUGUUUCGUUUUGUGUUGCGAUGGAUGCACUGCUGCUAUGCUAUUUGCAGACACGGCAGCUCCUCCUUCAGUUGCAUUGUGUGCGUUCCCAAGAGGAGCUUGGUGAAACAAUGGUAGAUAAUGAUGAAACAGGGAAGCUAUGCAUAGGGGAGCGGCUGUACACAACGGUGGCGGAAGGGUCCGUUAGCCUAUCGGCCCUUGUAGCAGAUCCCAAGCAACUAGAGGCAGAUCGACCAAGCAUUCGCGGCCAUGUUCCGCUGCGUGACGGCUUCGGUCAUCACAUUGCAUCUGUGGAGUUCGCGGUGACUGUCCGAACACCGUUUAGCGAGGCAUUUCGUGCACUAGCCGCAGAGGGGACUAGGAGUUGGAGUUUAGCGAAACAUGAAGAACAACAGCAAAUGGUUCAAGAUCCGGUGUCAACAGUUCUGGCCGCAUCUUCUUCGCGGUCUUCUCCUUUGGUGGCGGUUGUACAGAGGGACAGCCCUAUAUGUGAGCAAGUAGAAGGGGGCUCGGAGGUGAGGAGCGUGCGCGCCGUUUCUACUCCCAGACAUGAGCGGAGAAUGGUACUUGUUCCAACACCGCAUCGCAGUAAUGCUACUGGUCCCAUAUCGAGCACGUCGUCCUCUAACACUUUACUUGAGCGUUCUUCCUCCUUUACGCUCGUCCCACGUGCCGCUGCUAUUGCUGCCGCCUCCGCACCUAACACUGUGCAGGCUCUCGUUGUUGACGUUUGCAAGCUUAAGCUUCCGCACGAUCUAUACCCUGUUCCUAGGCUUUCUUGCUACUAUGCGUUAGAGCCCCUUGGCUGCAAUUUGUACCUCCACGCUCCUCCCACCGCCCGAUAUGAAUACGAAUAUUUGCAGGAGGGCGGCUUCAAUGGGAAACGAUUCCCCAUUGGAUCAUUGCGAGAACUACUCGCGGUUACACGCGAACCAUUCAUUUUAUUCUUCUUCGACGAGUCGGCGGUUUCAACUACCAUUGAUAUGGCAUCUGCUGAGGGCAAGGUUGAGAGACAUCGAGGCCAGUAUUGGGCAACUGCGCGAACAGAGUGGAGGUUGGCACUUGAGAAGCCCGAAGAGUUUGUUUCGCUUGAGCUACCGCUGAUCAAUAAGCAGGGACUCCCAAUAAAGGGCGCCACCGUGCGUGUGAGGCUGCUUGCCACUUGUAAGGGUGAAGGUCCCCAAGGUGAGAAUCCUGCUCAAAGGGAACCGCAAAGCUUGUUGGGCGUUGCAGCAAGACUACCUGAGCACCGCACAAGGGGUUUUGAGGGUGCCGCCACUGCGGUUGAAGCCCGCGUUGUGGGAAUUGCAACGAAUCUUGAUGUCCAGGGAUGUGAGUGUCCCGAGGAUUCCAUAGAUAUGGAGAUAAUGCGACACCAGUUGGGUUCCUUUAUUCCUUGA